AUGCUUACUCCGACGUAUGUCAAUCUCAAGUCGUUUUUCUAUCCGAUAGGUAACACGCCUGCUGCCAACCUAUUGCGCGACUACCGUCCACAUGACGCGGUCAAGGUACUUGCAAUUGGAUGCGGCGACGUUCGAAACAUUCUGUUUACCCUCUGGUCUAACCAAGGGGCUGAAUACACUUUCGACUUCACCGCGUGCGAUUCAGACCCUGCUGUGUUAGCCCGCAACGUGUUCCUUCUGACAGCUGUUGCCUGUAAUGCCAAAUCUGCACCACCUAAGCAAACGGAGCAAAUCGAGCGCUUGUGGAGAGCAUACUACCACUUCUACGUGACCAGUACCGACCUUGCGUUCAUCCAGGAACAUGCCAGACAACUCCACACCGCCUCAGAAAGUCUUCUAAUCUGGAACCAGUCCCCUUUUGGAGCAUACCUCAAGUUCACGACUGAGGCUACUUUGACCGAAGUGCGCCGCAUCUGGUUGUCAUAUGCUCAAACGAGAAGCUCACAGGAAGAUUCUGAGUCUAGACAUGCGAUCAACCUCGUCUUUGACACUCACUACAAUACCAGCGAGAGUAGACCGAGCAUUGUGGGCCAUGGGGUGCGUUCCGCUGGAGCCCACGGCCUCUGGGCAACUCCUCAACUUAACGAUGCUUUCCAUGCCUUCUGGAGGACCGGCGUUGUAGCUGGCAAUAGAAGGGACGUCUCUGCACUCAGCCAGGAUGGCGGUGGUAGAGUCAAUCCUCUGAUGGCAAUUUCCCCGGUCCCUUCGAGCAAAUACAACGUGCACUAUGGCUCCGACCCCCUUCUUGGCUUCCAUCUGGCCGAGCACUUCGAUCUUGCUUCCCAGGCAGCGGACGUUGGCAUGGAAUCUCUUGCACUUCUCCUCAAGUCUCAGUUCUCCAAGUGGUGUCAAACUUUCAUAUCUUGUGUUGCAUCUAGGACGAUCAACAUCAUGCACCAUUGCGGCGAAGCUAUCAACUUUGCCCAUGCCUUGCAGGCUAUCAAAGGCUCUGAUACUCUAUCUCCUCUGACCCGCCACUACGUCAAGCCCUGGAGUGCUGUUCCUCUCAGCCUACCAUCUACAUUGUUCACCGCAUACCACGUCAUCGACACUUCGAAUGUCAUCGACCACGUCGGUAUCUUGAGCCUUUUACCAGCCAUCGUUCCUCUGUUGUCUGAAGUCUGUGGUUCAGUUCUGUACACCGAGAGUCUUCUACAGGGGGCGGAGGAGUCACAAAACUUCUUGAGUACCGUCCUGCACUCGGACGUUACGAUGUCAUCUCUCGUGUUCGGUGUUGCUCCUGUUGGGUACCUGUUAGGAACCAUGACGGACUCCACGCAUAUCGAGCACCUUCUUGAAAUGUCUCUUGGAAAAGGUCGGCAAAAGCAGUACCGUAUGCGUCUGCCAUGGAGGCGUGCGGCUCAAGGCGAUCUUGAAGUGCUAAAGCUGAUGCAUGGCAGCGGCGGGUCGGCUUCAUACCGCCUGAAUAUGGAUCCUCACGAGCUUGCUGCCUAUUUCAUGCAGGUAUAUCUAGCCAUGUUUCGAGAAUCAGAGGAUAUUAGCAUAAAACUGGAAGUGCUGAAGCGAAUGAUGGCCACGCCUUUGGUCAACGAUCUUGGUUUCUGUUCACGCUUAUCUAUCGUCGCACUGUUGGCCACUGCUAAAAGAACGAUCUCUACAGACUGGAAAGUUUGCAUUGGAGAGCUCGUGAGCAUGAUCGAAAACAAUCGCUCGCUUAUGAUAAGCUCUAGUAGUCUCCAAGAGCUCUACUUGCACCUCCAUGCGAGUGAUCUUUGGAGUGCUGAGACAUUCAUGGUUGAGCCUAGAGCCCAGUUGAAUCCAUGGGGCAGAAUGCGACCUCCCGGCGAAUCUGGUCUGCUCGGAAAGCACAAUCUCCCAGCAAUUGUUCACAUCGCUCUAGUUGUGCCUAGGAGAAGCCUCGUUGUCUUCACCGAGCAGCCCGUGGAAAAAGUCGGUACGCCUGGACUUCACUUAUCCUUGUCCAAUGGGAUGAAGUUCGAGAACUGUUUCUAUGCUAUCGACACUUUCUUCGGCAAGCUUGAGGAGAUUGACGAUAAGGCACAAGUCUUUGAAGACCAUCAAGGCUGGGCUGGAGAGGCUGACCUUAUCGUCACCUGUCCUGUACCUACCUGGUCUCUGCUGCUAGACCGUCGCAAGGACCUUAACAUCUCACUCUCAGUCAACACUUCACCAGCUACUAUGCAGUACACCAAGAAACUCGGUGUUCUCAUGAGAGUGUUCACAGCAAACCUCGAAAGCAAGCACGUUCAUGUUCUGGCUCACGCGCCCAGCUCUGAGCUUGGUCGUAACGAUGGAAACCUGCCUUCCAACCACAGAGCGACACUAUCCACUGAGAUAGCUCCACCCAUUUCUGCUGCCGUGGCUCUUCAAAGAGACGGUACUGUACAAUGCAUCAGGGUCACCAACAAUUAUGCAAACUGCUCUAGAGAGAGCAAGGCUUUGAAAGAUGGAGCGACAGUGGCGAUCUUGCAAAUCUCUCCAUGCGUUUUCAUGGCUACCAUUGGUGAUUUGCAGAGCCCGAAAGGGUUUGUCCUUCCAUUCCCGGUGGACGGCGCCGCCUGCAAGAUAAGAAUUGCACGCAAGUCCUCGUGGAUCGAGAUCAGCGCUCCUACGUCUAACGCUCUUCAGCCCGGUGGCUUCAAGCAUGAUUCCUUCCCUGUGGUCAGUCAUGGUGGCAGCGUUAUGGCUUGGGGGAUGGGUCGCGUCAACCCUGAUCUUCAACCCCAGGUUAUGGCCUCAAUUUCCACUCUCGCAUUUCUACAGCCCCUUUUCAGCAUGGCGCUGAGUGAGAGGGAACGUACAUGCGUCAACCAUAUUCCACCUCUGAUUCAGGCAAAGGAAGUGAUUCGUCAAAUGUGUCUCGGCUCUGUAGGUCUUCAUCCUGACAGUCCUGGCAACAAGGUUCGUUUGUUUAUGUUGAAAGACGAAUCAACUUACCAGUUCUUCAUCAUUGCUAACGCGCUCCGUCAUGAUCGUGACACCGGGUCGGUCUUCUUGGAUGCUUUCUACAUGCCUGCCACUCGCGACCUAAUUGCGCACAAGUCGUUCCAGGCAAUCUUGAGCCCCAACAUCAACCAUCACAGCCUAGUAAUCAACGCUGAUGCAGAAGACAUAAAAUUGUGGCAGUCUCUUAUUCCUGCUCUGGUUGAGCGUUGUCGGUCUUGGGAGCAUGUCGAAAACUGCAAGUGGAAGACUAAGCCAAGCAAGGCUUCUAUCUGCGAUUGCGGCUUGGGCAAGGACGUCUCGAAGAUGUCCAGUGACUUUCGAGACAUCGCCCGCUUUGCCACUCGCAUCGCUAUCCCGGCGAUGUCUGCUGUUCCUUAUCUCGAAUCCAUGACCUCGCAGGAAUCCAUGUAUCGGCUCACUGAUGAAAUGCAGACUGCUCGCUUAGAACAGCGCCAGCAGCAGCAGCCGCUCAUUCCGUCUUCCAACGCCCCGGAUGCUUCUAAUAUGGAUGCCUGUGGUCACUGCCGCACAAUCAAGCCGGGUCUGAAGGCCUGCACUCGUUGCGAAAAGGUCAAGUACUGCAAUCAUACUUGUCAGAAGGCAGCUUGGAAGACACACAAGAAGGAGUGCAAGCGUUGA